UCAGCAUUCUAAGCAUUGUGACGCGUACAGACUGUAGUGAGAUUUAAGCUUGCAUUGUUGAACAAGAGAUUAUAAAUCCAAUAUGAUUUCACGACAUGGUUUUAAACAGCGAGCAUGAAUUCGUCAGAACCUACAUAUGUACCCAGCACUGAGGUGGUCGGUGCUAAUGUUGUCAUUUUCGCUAUUUUUGACUUCAUUUUCGGGACGGUGAUCGUUCUUGUGAAUGGCUUCCUCUUCAUCACAAUUUAUCGCGAUCCCUGUCGAUGUUUGCGCACUCCGUCUGUGUUCCUCAUCGCCAAUCUCUCAGUCGCUGAUCUUUUCAUCGGAAUUGUGAGCAUUCUACGAGGCGCCGAGUUAACUUACUUCUACCGUGGUUUGGGAGACCUUCUCGUUCUAAAUCUGGUGCAAUAUUUUAUCGGAGCUGUUUCUAUUCUCGCCGCUGUUUGCACUCUGAUGGCGAUGUCGUAUGAACGUUAUGUUGCAGUGAUCAAACCUUUUCAAUAUCCACGGAAAAUAACCAACAAAAAAGCCAAGAUUGCUACUGCAGUAACUUGGAUAAAUGGAUUAAUUAUGUCUGUUCUUCCCAUUGCUGAUGUCAAAAGAGAAAAGUUUUUGCUGGCCUAUUGCUAUUCUCAUUUCGUGAUUCCAUCAUUUAUUCUAAUAGCACUUUAUAUGAAAAUUUACAAGGCGGUUGCCCGUCAAAGAGAGGAACUCAAAGAUGUUCGCGAGAGUCUCACAGCGGCCAGCAAGAAGAAACAGCUAGAAAGAGAGAACAGAAUGUUUAUUGCAUUUGUGUUAAUCCUUUUUGUAUUUUAUAUGUCUUUUGUACCUUACUUCAUACAUGUACAGAUUUUAUACUUUUGCCCCUGUCGAAACUCGUACGCCUAUCAUGUUUAUUAUUAUGUCGCGAACGAAUUUCUCUCCAUGAGCUCCAUUAUUAAUCCGUUCUUGUAUGCCUGGAGACUUCCAAAGUUCAGCCGCUCUUUUCGUUCGUGGUUUCGAGGUUGGCUGGUCAAAAACUCAGGAGCGAGGUAUAACGAAAACCCACCUGGUCGGAGCGAGAAGGUUGUAAGUUCGAACUCCUAGUUUGCUACGAAUAUACCGGCCCAACGUAUGGAGUCUUCGUGGCUCUGUGGAAGAACAUCGUAGCGCGGAAUUCAAAGGUGGAACUAUUGAGGUUCGGUUACUCGUGGAAACUCAGAGCAUAUUCUUUGUUCCACGCUCACAACAAGAAAAUUGAUAUUCCAGACUGCAAUACGGCAGGAGUAAAAUACUUAGAUUUCCUAAGAGGUUGGUUGGAGUUUCACAUGCACUAAUAUUGACCUGUAUCAGCAUGCUUCCACAUAGUGGCU